AUGGCCGCCACAUGGGAUCCAGCAAACCUAUUUCAAAUCAGCUACGAAAUCGACAAUGACUUCACUCUAAUCUCCUGCGUGGGCGAGGACGAGACCAGGCUCAACCGUCCGCGGUGUAGAUACUCGGUCCCCGAGAUCUGGUAUCCAGAAAUUCGGUCUCAGCUUGCCAGAUUCUCUACCCAAGACCCAAAAUGUAUAUCAGAGCAGGAAUUGAUUGAUCUCGCAAGGAUUUGUCUUUGUGAGGAAACCCACCAGAACCAGGCGGAGCUCGUUGCACAACGUUGGCUUGACGUGGUUGCCACUGCAGCUAAGCAUCAUGACCAACUGCUUAGGAAGAGCAAGCAACAGGCAUCAAUUGCUACACAGCUCAGCCAAUUGACACCUAACGGAGCAGAAGAGGAGCUAAGGGAGCAUAAGAUCAAGUACACGUCUGUACUUCUCGAGAAUUAUGAACAGCGCCGACAAAUAGAAGAAUUGGAGACGGAGCUAUCAACAACCAGCACUUCGCUGGAGACUGUGAAGCAGGAAAAUCAGGACCUCAGGGCCGAGGUGGAAGAAGCCUCCAAAAGGAAGGCAUACACAUCCAAAUACAAUGAUAUGCUUCGGAAGCAGCUGGAAGCCGCUACAAAGCGAGCGCAAGGCUUGGAUGCCAAAGUUUCUUAUAUCGAAGGGGUACACGGAAGUACCAAGACCCAAGCGGACAGGCUUCAGGAAGAGAACUCUUCCUUGAAAGCCGAAAUAGCUCGUCUAAAACAAAAAGAAGGUGUUCUAUCCGAAAAACACGAGCAAGCCCUCUCCGAGCUCUCAGCACAACGAGCUACGAAUGUAGCGCUUACCAAUCAAGUCCAAUACUUGAAAGCAGCAGAACGAGUCCUGCGAGAGAGUAUCUCUGCUUGUUGGUUUCAUAAUAUUUACACGUGGGUUCUUCGAAUUUUCGGUUUUUCAAGCCCCGUCCUCUCUAAAUUACAAAACGAGGAGAAGGCAAAAUUUUGGGUGUGA